AUGCAUGUGCCAUCCGUUUCUGUCGAUUUACCAGUGCAGACCCGAAUAGCCUCAACGACGACAUCGACGACGUCCAGCACGGAAGGCCUGAGAUGCGCCGUGAAUGAGACGGUUGUUGAAUGUGGAAGAGUCUGUGAAGCAGACUGUGUGUCGAUCUUUACCCGUUCCGAUUGCGAUGAGUGUGGAUCACCGGCUUGUGCCUGUAUGCAGGGUUACGCCCGUAAUCCUCAAGGCACCUGCGUCUACUGGGGAGACUGCCCGGUUAAUGGUUCGGCUGAAGCGACCACAACUACACCUGCUCCUACCACCCGAAAGAAGAUUGAGAAACCUACAAAAACCAAAGUGGGCGGUGAUGUUUGCUAUGGCGACUUCCGCUAUCCAACUGGAUGUUCGGAUUGUGACUACAAGUUGUCGUGGAAUUACGUCGAGGAUUCUGAUGAUAUUGAGUUUUCUCUGGAAACGAAGCUCAAGCAGAACUCUUGGACCGGCCUGGGUCUCAGCAAAGACGGCUCUAUGAUCGGAACACAUGCGAAUGGAGUGUUGCGAGCACAGUUUAUGCGAAAGCGGAGCACCGGCGACAAAAACGAUAAGUCGUUUGUAGACGAAUGCUGGAAAAUGAUGUUCCCCGUGACUGGAGGGAAACUUGAUGACAGCGGUAACGUCACCGCCCAUAUCGAAACGCCUUUGGUGACCGAUAAGGAAGUCUGCAUCAGAAGUUGUCGGGAGGAGAAGAAAAGUGAUGGUUAG